UCUUUUCCUUUGUCCCCUCCAAUUGCAAAAACUAGAAACUGCAAAACCACUCUCUUCUCUUCUCUUCUUUUUCUGUGUGUGAACUCUGAUCAAAGAAAGCGAAAAUGCUGGCUGUUUUUGACAAAUCUGUGGCCAAGAGUCCCGAGGCUCUUCAGAGUCCUCAAUCGGGAUCGGUUUCAACUUUGAAAGAUGGGUUUUUGGCCAACCACUUUGGCUCUCUCCACCCUGGUUCUGUCAGUGUCAACCUCGCCUCUUCGGGCCUCAUUGCCUACUCGCUCCAAAAUAAGAACCCACUCCUACCCAGAUUGUUUGCAGUGGUCGACGACAUUUUCUGCUUGUUUCAAGGUCACAUUGAAAAUGUUGCGCAGCUUAAGCAACAAUAUGGAUUGAACAAAACCGCAAAUGAGGUGGUCAUUAUUAUAGAAGCUUACAGAACUCUGCGAGAUAGAGGUCCUUAUCCUGCCGACCAGGUUGUGAGAGAUAUCCAUGGGAAGUUUGCAUUUAUUCUCUAUGAUAGCUCUUCAAAAACCGCAUUUAUAGCUACUGAUGCUGAUGUAAGUGUUCCCUUCUUCUGGGGUACUGAUUCUGAAGGCCAUCUUGUUCUUUCAGAUGAGGCAGAAAUUGUGAAGAAGGGCUGUGGGAAAUCUUUUGCACCAUUUCCUAAAGGAUGCUUCUUCACAUCGUCUGGAGGCUUGAGGAGUUAUGAACACCCCCUUAAUGAGGUGAAGCCUGUGCCAAGGGUGGACAGUUCUGGUCAGGUGUGUGGUGUAACUUUCACUGUGGAUGAAGAGUCGAAGAGGGAAACUGUCGGCAUGCCAAGAGUUGGAAGUGCUGCCAACUGGUCAUCUAACUACUGAUAUCGUUAUAGUUUCCUUUUACAGCAUGGCUGUCAUUAUUAUUGGGCCUUGCUUUUGAUCUCUUUUCCUCAUCAUACUACUCUCAUCUUGAAUGGCUUGAAAGCAUUUUAAUGGUGCUUAGCUUUAUAUCCUUUUUAGUACUACCAAAAGUAAGACAUGAUUUUAUGCUGCUGUACAUUUUGCGUAAUGUCAAACUAAGCCAGGAUCUCAUGUUUGAUACAAGAAAUAAUAUGAUUGCUCUUUAAGACUGA